GCAUGCUUAAUGUUGAGAUUAAGAGCAAUCAGAUCUGGGUGGAGGCUAAAAACAGCUGUGAAGUUCAUCUUCUUUGCAAAGCGCGGGAAGCUGAGAAGGUGUCCUACACAUGGAGCGGCUAUAAGACUGACAGUGGAGCUGAACUGAACUUCACUCUCUCACCAGCAGAGGGAGAUGUUACACUGACCUGCACUGCAGCCAACAAUUACAGUAACAAUGAUAAAACAACAAAAGUCACCUGCAAUCCAGGCAAGACCCAAACAGGUACGACCAACAGUAGUGUCUUAAAAGAUCAGUACAUUUGGAUUGCAGCAGGAGGAGGUGCUGCUCUGUUUCUGCUUCUUGCUAUUAUUGCCGUCAGCUGCUGGUGGAAGUCACACAAAGACAGAUGCUCCCCUGACUCUGGAAAUACAGUCUAUGCAGACGUGAAUGACAUCACUGUAAGAAAAGAUAAAAGAUCAGAGAGUAUAAAUGUGGCAUCCAUUUAUGAAACAGUGGAUGAACUCCGAGUAACAUCAGAUAAGCCUCAGACGCUUUAUGACAAGGUGACAUUUGCACGUCCUACUCCUCUUGGCCCCUCUACCUCCUCACCUUACCAAGUUGUGCUGUAAAGAUAUAAUUUUAAGGGUUUUUUGUGUAUAUAGUUUAGUGAAAGAGAAUUGAUUGCUACAGAUAGGUCCAUAAAUAUUUGGAUGCAACAAUGUUAUUGUUAUUUAGCUUUAAUUCAAGGUUCUUUACAUCUGAAUCCAGUGAACAGUGUGGGAAUUAUACCAAUUUUUCAUACAUAGCCCAUAGACAAUAACUUUAUCAGUGUUCAAAUGUUUUUGAACCUAACUGUAUGUUGCGUCAAAGAUUCAAUGCAAAGUGUGUCAUGAAAUUACAUUUUAAGCCAUUUAUGUACUGUGUGAAAGAACAAAGUGACCACAUCUGACUGAAACCACUAUACGGUCAGUCACCAAGACAGCCUGUAAAAUAUGGUAGUUUUCAUUUAUGUGAGUGAAAUAAUCAUAAGCUGAUACAAUGAUUAAUAUGGAGUGCAACCUGUAUUUUCAAAGUUGCAGUCAUAUAUGCUAAUGCCAACAAAAAGUAUUGUUUUUAUUAAGAAUGCACUUACCCACUCCAAAAAGAAAUUAUUUAAUGUUUUUCAGUAUUAUAUUUGUUUUAUAUA